CAGGAAGCGGAGUGCACGGCUUUCUUCCCACAAUGCUCCGGAGAGGCUGACAAAUGGAUCCAAGAUGGCGUAGAAAGUAAUGCUAGUCAUGGCAGACAGGAGGCCAGAGAAGUCAUGUGAACAAGCAUGUGAAUCGUUGCGAAGGCAGGAGUACGAGGCGGUGGUGAAGCACUGCACGGAGGCACUGCUGUCCCUCAGCCACUGCCCCCCCAGCCCCAGCGCAGUGUCCCAGCAGGGCAGUGACUUCGUCAGGAACAGGGUCCUGCUCUACAGAAUCGCAGCGCUUUUGCAACUUAAAAAUUAUGAACAGGCAGAUGAAGAUUGUAAGCAUGUGUUGGCAGUGGAGCUGGCUAGGGGGGAAGGCUUGUUCCCUGCAGUGCUUCGCUGCAUGCUCAUGGAAGGAAGUCUCCAAGAAAUAUCCAGUAUUUUAUCCAGGUCGCUUCUGGGGGAACCUUUGAAUGGGAUGGUGACGAAUGAUCUGACCAGGCUCAGAAUGCUGCUGUCUGAAAUAGAAAUGGCAACCAGCACAAUGGGCUCGGGAUAUGUGGAGGAUAAUGAGGAAGAUGUCCAGGAGGGCUGGCAGUUUCGCCCUCCUCCGCGGGGAGUCACCAGCAGCGAGGAGUACACAAUCUGUAAAAGGUAUUUGGAACAGGGCAUUUGCAGAUAUGGGGCUCAGUGUACGUCUGCACAUUCUCAGGAAGAGCUCACAGAAUGGCAGAAGAGGUAUGCCUCCCGCCUCAUCAGCUUGAAACAGCAGCAAGAGAGCGCGCAGUCCGCUGGGAGCUACAUGGAAGCCCUCAUUGAGAAAUGGAUGAACUCCUUAUCGCCAGAGAAAGUGCUUAGUGAUUAUUUGGAAGGGGUGAGUGUGGAGCACAGUCCUGAUCUCUUGGUCACAGUCACCACCAAGAAAUCGUCCCAGUCCUGGACCUUCUCACUCUUCUGUAAGCCUGCAAGAAUGCUGUACAGAAUGGCUCUCCUGUAUGAUGCCCACCGGCCCCACUUUUCCAUCGGUGCUGUUUCUGCUGGAGACGGUGCUAACCAGAUUGUGCAGGAAGUGCCAGACAACUGCCAGGAGUGGGUUGGAGGCAGCAUCGCGCAGAAUGGACUGGACCAUUGUGUUUAUGAAGUAGUCGUCCGGUUUAGCACAGAGAUCUUCGGGACCUUCCGGCAAACUAUAGUCUUUGACUUUGGCUUCGAGCCUGUGCUGAUGCAGAGAGUUAUGGUUGAUGCUGCUUCAAUAGAAGAUCUUGAACAUUUGAUGCAAGCAAGGCAGCAGCUGCUCAUCACUGCGAAACGCUGGGAUUCUUCCUGCAAGACGAUCGUGGAGUUUGAGCCGAAUGAAACCGCUGACCUGGAGCGCAGCCUCCUGAGCCGAUAUCAGAUCCCACUGUCUGCUGACCAGCUCUUCACCCAGUCUGUGCUGGACAAGAGCCUGACCAAGGAGAACUACCAAGCACGCCUGCACGACCUGCUGUACAUCGAGGAGAUCGCUCAGUACAAGGAAGUCAGCAAGUUCAACAUCAAGGUGAAUUUGCAGCUUGUGGCAAGCUUCAUGCUGACGGGUGUCUCUGGAGGAGCCAAGUACGCCCAGAAUGGACAGCUGUUUGGUCGCUUCAAGCUCACUGAGACACUUUCUGAAGACACUUUGGCUGGCCGAUUGGUGAUGACCAAAGUCAACUCUGUUUUGUUACUGCCGCUCACUAAAGAAAAAUUGGCACAGGCGCCAGGAACCAAAGAGAAGGUUUAUGAAGCUGCGAUUGAGGACAAAACGAAGGACUUCAUCUUCCUCCGAGUGUGUAAGGACUGCUGUGAGGAGCUGAAGCUGCGGCCAGACCGGGAGCUGCAGGUGGAGCUUCAGUUCCAGCUGAACCGCGCUCCUCUCUGUGAAAUGCAUUAUGCGCUGGACAGGAUCAAGGACAACAGCAUCAUGUUUCCAAAUGCAAGCUUGACGCCCACCAUCCCCUGGAGCCCCAACAGGCAGUGGGAUGAGCAGCUGGACCCCCGGCUCAAUGCGAAGCAGAAGGAGGCCAUCCUGGCCAUCACCACCCCCCUGAACUUCCAGCUGCCCCCUGUGCUCAUCAUCGGGCCCUACGGGACGGGGAAGACGUUCGCUCUGGCCCAGGCAGUCAAGCAUAUUCUCAAGCAGCAGGACUCCAAAGUUCUUAUUUGCACCCAUUCAAACAGUGCUGCUGACCUGUACAUAAAGGAUUACCUUCACCCACAUGUAGAAGCUGGCAAUCCACACGCCAGACCUCUCAGGGUAUAUUUCAGAAACCGAUGGGUUAAGACAGUCCACCCCAUAGUCCAGCAGUACUGUUUAAUAUCAAGCACGCAAUACGCUUUCCAGAUGCCACAGAAAGAAGACAUAGUAAAGCACCGGGUGGUUGUCGUCACUUUGAGCACUCUUGGAGAACUGUUAUUCACAGAACUUGAAACGCCAGGUAUCUUUACACACAUUCUGUUAGAUGAAGCUGCUCAAGCCAUGGAGUGCGAGACCAUCAUGCCAUUUGCGCUUGCCAGUAACAGCACGAGAAUCGUGUUGGCAGGAGACCACAUGCAGCUUAGUCCCUUUGUGUACAGUGAAUUCGCCAGAGAGAGGAACCUUCAUGUGUCGUUGCUGGACCGGCUGUAUGAGCAUUACCCUGCCGAAUACCCCUGCAGAAUACUGCUGUGUGAGAAUUAUCGCUCCCAUGAAGCUAUCAUCAAUUACACGUCUGAACUGUUCUACGAUGGGAAGCUGAUGGCCAGUGGUAAACAGCCUGCACAUAAAGACUUCUACCCGCUAACGUUCUUCACAGCAAGAGGAGAGGACGUGCAGGAGAAGAACAGCACUGCCUACUACAACAACGCAGAGGUGUUCGAGAUAGUGGAGAGAGUGGAGGAGCUGCGGAAGAAGUGGCCGGUAGCCUGGGGUAAACUGGAUGAGGGGAGCAUCGGUGUGGUCACUCCAUACGCAGACCAGGUGUUCCGGAUUCGGGCAGAACUGCGCAAGAAGAGAAUGUCCGACGUCAGCGUUGAACGAGUGUUGAAUGUUCAGGGAAAGCAAUUCCGAGUGCUGUUCCUCAGCACGGUGAGGACGAGGCACACCUGCAAACACAAGCAGACGGCAAUAAAGAGGAAAGAGCAGAUGGUCGAGGACUCCACGGAGGACCUGGACUAUGGCUUCCUGUCCAACUACAAGCUGUUGAACACUGCGAUCACAAGGUCCCAGUCCCUGGUGGCUGUGGUGGGAGAUCCCAUUGCCCUCUGCUCUGUUGGGAGAUGCAGGAAGUUCUGGGAGCAGUUCAUUGAGAUCUGUCAUGAGAACAACAGCCUCCACGGCAUCACAUUUGAGCAGAUCAAGGCUCAGCUGGAGGCGCUGGAGCUGAAGAAGACCUACGUCCUCAACCCCCUGGCUCCGGAGUUCAUCCCCAGGGCUCUGAGGCAGCAGCACCACCCUGCAACCUCCAACAAGCAGCAGCAGUCUCCACCAAAGGGUAAAGGCCAGCACCAGAAUCCGAGUGAAACAUUUCCAGCGGAAGGAUUUGUUCAGCCCAAUCCAUCUGUUUUGAUUGGAAACCCAAUCCGAGCAUUCACCCCUCCCCUCGGGACUCACCCUACCCUGGGAAAAUCACCCAGCCCAGUCCAGAGGAUAGACCCCCACACUGGGGCGAGCAUCCUCUACGUGCCAGCUGUCUAUGGAGGAAACAUGGUCAUGUCGAUGCCUUUGUCUGUUCCCUGGCCGGGGUACCAGGGCAGGUUUGCAGUGGACCCUCGUCUCAUGACUCACCAGGCUGCCAUGGCGUACAACAUGAACCUGCUGCAAGCCCACAGCCGUGGAUCCCCCAUCCCCUUCGGAGGGAGCCACCCCUCCCCGAUCGGGAUGAGCCAGCAGGAGAAGGAGCAGGAAGAGCAGAGCAGGAACGGUAAAAUGGAUGGAAAACCUGAGCAAAACAGGCUGCACACCCCAGACAGGAAAGCCCCUGAUUCCAAAGAAAAACAGGUGGAACCUGAGGCUGGACAUAGCAGAAGCCCUGACCCCCAAGCAAGCCUAAAUUUACCAAAUGCCAGACUCCACAGGAAAGAAAACCCAGCCCAGAGGCCGCUUAACUUCCACCUGGCUCCCCCCAACCCCCCUUUCCCCCCUCACACCUCCAGUCGGCAGUUCCCACACCAGUACCCUGUCCCCCGGCCCCCGUUCAGAGUCCACCAGCAGCAGCAGCAGGCCCCUCAGAAUCACUUGCCCCUGCAACCUGGCCAGGUGCACCAGCUGCCCCAGCAGCAUUCAUCCCAGCUCUCUCCAGCCUUCCAGGCCGGUCACAAACCCCCCUUCUUCAACCCCCUCCCUCACCGGGGCUUGCACUCCCCGAACCUUGAGGCCAUGGCUCCGGAGCAGCCCGCCAUGGUGCCGGAGGAGAUGAAUAAUGCGGUGAGGCCCGUUCCACAGCUCAGCGCACCACAGCCGCCGCCAGCUCAGCCCAGCCGGCUCAACAGCUUCAUGGAAGAAAACUCUGAGGCGGCAGCCCUGGGAGAAGCGCUAGACAUGCAGGGGGUCGGCACGCUGGAAGCUCUGAGUCAGCAGACGAGACUGCACCAGUGGAAUGAACACAAUCACUUUCUGCAGAGCAACAUGGCCUUCCCUCUGCAUCAGCAGCUGGCUCAUCCCCUAGCCCAGCAGGCCCUGCGCUUCCCCCAGCAGCUCAUCAGAGGCAACUGGAGGCUGGGCAACAAUGCAGAGGAGGAGCCUGGGCCAGGAUACCCCAGGUACCCCGGUCUGCUCAGAGAGGUUCCUCCUUCGGAGCAGGGUGAGCCACGGGACCUGCCGGAGAUGCCCCCUCCCCAGUCUCGCUUGCUGCAGUACAGGCAGGUCCAGCAGGUCCAGCCCCGCAACCCUGGAACCCUCCCCUCCCCUUCGUCCAACUCAAAUCACACCGGCCACUUCCCAGGCCCCUACGGAGACACCAACCGGGAGCUUGAGAUGAUCAACAGCCAAGCUUUUCAGCAGCACCAAGCCCAGGUGUUCAACCCUGCCUUCCCCGUGGCGGCCGGACACACCACCCCUCCUCCAGUGAAGUACCUGCUCCCUGAGGCUCAGUGGCCGCACCCUGGCCUGCAGCAGAACCACAUGCUGGGGCAGGGCUUCCACUACGGCAUGCAGCAGUUAGCCCACAGACAGGAGCAGGUCCACCUGAUGCAGAUGCACCAUCACCACCAGCAGCAGCAGCAGCACCAUCAGCAUACUCAGCAUCACCAACAGCAGGCCAGCAAUCGGGAAUCAUUUCACCUGCUCUCACCCCGAACAGCUUCUUCACUUCACAACAUAGAAGAGUAUGAACCUAGAGGACCAGGCAGGCCACUGUACCAAAGAAGGAUCUCUUCUAGUUCUGUGCAGGCGUUCCCUGAAGAUUCAGGCGCUGCUCCAGGUGGCCUCGGUCAGUGUAAGGAGCUUCUGGACCAUCAUAGCCAUCUCUCAUACAACUACCCAUCCCCAGAGCUGUGGGCCAGCGCCAACUCCUCUGUGCCAUUUCAGAACAUUCCAUGCAAUGGAGCCAGCAGAGUAGUUCCGCACAGGGACCUUUUAGCUUCAAAGGUAGUCCGUUCUGCAGAGGAGCACAUGAAGGCUGAAGGUGUGCAGCAGCUGUCGAGUUCGUUCAAUUACACCACGCUGCAGCACCUCGGCCAGUUCCCCCCGCUCAUGCCCAGCAAGCAGCCAAGUCCUGAACCGUGCAGCAGCGCCAGCGGGCUGCAGAACCCUGGCAUGGGCAAACCCCCCACCAUGUCGUAUGCUAGCGCCCUGCGGGCACCCCCCAAACCAAGACCCCUGCCCGAGCAGACGAAAAAGAGCAGUGAUCCCCUGGCCCUGUUACAGGAGCUCAGCAUAGGCAGCUCAACAGGUAGCAAUGGAUAUUAUUCUUAUUUCAAAUAAAUACAAAUAAAUAUAAAAAAAAGAAAAAAAA